GCGCCGCCCGCCCCAAAAAUGGCGGAGGGGCGCGCCCGCCGCGCGGGGGCCGACGGGAAGAAGUUCGAACGGCGCGGGCGGGCCGCGGCGGCCAUGGCGGAGGAGGCGCCGGAGGACGCGGCGGUGCGGACCCUGCCCAGCCUCAGGCGGCUCUCCCGGGCUCUGCCCUUCGGCCGCAGCCACGGCCGCCUCGGCGUCAGCCCCGGCGGGCGCCUCAUUGUGCCGGCGCUGUGCUCUCAGGAAAAGGCGGACCCGCAGAAAACGGCGUUCCUGCUGCGUAAAGCCUGGACGCUGUACAGCGUGACCCCCCUGUUCGGCUUCCGCCGCGGCCGCCUCAGGGACUACGCGCGGCAGCUCGGCGCCUUCAUCGCCGCCGAGAAGCACAAGGGGCUGGCCGUGCAGGUGGGCGUCGAGCUGGACAUCAAGGCGGCCCUGUCCAGCCUUGCCGAGCUCCGGGGCAGCGAGCUGGACCAGGCUGCGCUCCUGGUGCAGCUCUUUUCGAGGUCACGAGCCUCCUCCAAGAACUCUGAGGACAAACCAGUGUGGAUGGGCUGGUUCUGCUCCGUGUUCGGAGACGACUUUUCCGAGAACGUGCCGGAGCACUUCACCUGCCUGCCCCUGUUCCUGAGCCACGGGGCCGAGAGCUACACCUCCUUGGUUGGCAGCUGGUUCCAGAAGACUUUCGACUGCUGCUUCCGCCGCCUGGCCAUCAGCCCGCUGAACCUCAGCUGGAUGGUGGCCAUGUGGGCUGGCUGCAAGCUGGACAGAGCCGCCUCCGCCGUGGAACUGCUCUUCUCCGUGCCCCGCCUGUUGCAGCCCCUGGAUAUCUCCUACGCCAUCCACCCAGAGGAUGCCAAAGCUCUGUGGGACACGGUGCAAAAAACGCCAGGGGAGAUCACCCAAGAGGAGGUGGAUGUCUUCAUGGACUGCCUUUAUGCCCACUUCCACAGGCACUUCAAGAUCCACUUGUCAGCUGCCAAGCUGGUGAAGGUUUCCACAGCGAUUGCCUCGGCACACUGUGAUGGGAUUGUAAAGAUUCUACACAGCCAGUACCUGCCUGGAGUGCUGAUGCUACUGACUGAACUCGCAAUCGCUCAGAUACAGUGAGAGCCAUUUCAGUAGCUCCUCAUACUAAAAAGGCUUUGUUUGGACAGUCUGUGCUGAGAAACCACCAGGAAACUUACUCCUGCAGCAUCUUCUCCCCUCUCAUUCUGGCUGUCCAAAGUCAGACUGCAGCUCCAGCACUUGGCUGUGUCAUUCCAUGCACGGCGAAGUCAAGCGGACAUUUGGCCCUGAAGAAGGGCUGCAGUGCAAACUUGUGACAGCAUCCUGAGCAGCUUUGUUUUCUCAGACUCACUCAUUUCAUUUAUGUAUCAGCUCAGAGACAAGCAGUGCAAGUUCUUGAUGCAACUUACUGCCAGGUAUUUCUGUUGUUCCAAAGUUGGUUUUCACUGGACAGCCUAAGCUACGCAGACCUUAGCCUUGGCUAAACCGUGACUAAUCUUGGGCUAGCCUAAAUGCAAAGUUCAGCACACCUGAGAAAAGGUGCAUGCUCUACAAUCCAGGCAGAAAAAUACAGGCUUCUGACUCCCUUUUUAACUCAUUAAGGGCACUUGGUAAUGGUGAUGAUGUUCAUUUAUGUCCCAGUUGGGCAUGAGAUGGGACAUGAGGCACUUGUCAGCCCAUUGGUCCUCCCAGACACAUUGAUUGAUAGGAAAGUGAUGUGUAGAUAAGCUUCAUAGUUACUAGGCUUUGUCCUGAUAUUUGUAAUCUUGGAUUUGUAAUCCUGUAGGCCAGAGAGCUCUCAGGGUUGGAGCUGUGCUAGAAUUUGAUAUUGGAUCCCUUCCUUCUGGAGCAGGUAAAAGUUCUGAGGGACAUUUAAGGAGCAGAAAGUAGCACCUGCUGAGACAUUUUUGUAAUACAGUACUAAAUAAAGAAAAUAUUUUCCAUCUUUUGUCUUAAGGAAAGACCACCACUGUCUAAAUAUAUCCUUGCAUGGAACUUAUUUCCAAUUACAGCUUAGCUGACCAAACCACUCCUUGUUACUUAUUAAAUGCUUCUGUGAGCAGCAAAAUUCCAAGUCUAGUUUCUUGCUUCCCACUUGUGCAGCACCUCUGGGAGCUGAUUUGUGUUAUGACCUUCUCCCAAACAGGGGUACAAGUUUCCUUUCUUUUCCCAGUAUAAAACUGCCUGACACAUGACAUAACUGCAAGCUGUUUCCAGAUUCUUUACUACUUGAAGAUGGAUUGGUUUUGCAUGUCAUGGUUGAAAUCUGUGGCAAUUCUUACCCUGGUAAAAGCAGCUAAGUGAUCUUCUGAAGGUCUUGGCAGCUACUUAAAACUAUCAUUUCUGAUGCUUUAGUUUCCUUUUUUGAAAUAUCUCAGACAAAGUUUGCUAUCUGGAGUCAGAAGAGCACUGGACAAAGGAGUGCAAGGUCUGGAAAUAACUGGUACCUGUACUUGGUUUCAAAAUAGGACUGUUACACCCAGGGCUAAGUUUUAAAUCUGAUGCUCAGCUCUUUCCAACCAAUUUGCAUAAAUAAUCUCUAAAAACCUCAAUUCUUAUAGCCUCUUUUAACCUCUUCCUUGUGUUGUCCUCACUGUUAAAUGCAGUUAAGUGAGCAGAGAUAAGAUUUAGCCAGAUAGCACAAAUCCUUCCUGCCAGAAAAAGCUGGUUCUGAGU